AUGUCUGCUCCACCACCUCCUCCACCGCCGCCUCCUCCGCCAGGCGGGCCUCCUAAGGGCAGGCCAAAGGCUGGAGCUGGAAGAGGUGCACUUUUAGGAGACAUUACCAAAGGCGCAAGACUAAAGAAAGUGACUGUUGUCAACGACCGCUCCGCGCCAAUCGUCGGGAAAGUGUCAGACGGUCCCGCCGCGCCUCCUAUGGGAGCAGCACCACCAGUUCCUGGAAUGGGGAGAGCCGCUCCAGCACCUCCAGGAGGCCUGGCGCCACCUGUGCCUGGGAACCGAGCGAGGAGUAAUAGUGACACUGGGAGGGACGGAUCGAGUGACUCGGCGAUGAGUGCUGCACCGCAACUAGGGGGACUGUUUGCAGGAGGAAUGCCAAAGCUUCGCAAGUCAGGAGGCGUGAAGACAGGAGCAGAGAGCCAAUCGCCAUAUAUGUCGGACCCAGAAUCGUCACGAAGCUCUGUUCCGCGACCGCCGACGGGUUUUGCACCAAAGCCGCCAGGAGCUGCUCCGCCUCGACCUCCAGGCGGCGCCCCACGACCUUUCAAUCCAGCUGUAUCAGCGCUGAAGAACAAUCUAAGACCGACGUCGGUGAUGUCAACAGCUUCAGCGCCGGAAUUUGCAGGAGGGAAGCCGAAACCACCGCCGCCAAUUGGGAAGAAACCCCCUAUCCCUCCGCCAACAUCACGGAAACCGUCAGGCUUCGCUCCACCGCCGCCUUCAGCGCCCGCAGCACGACCUCCUCCACCUCCUUCAUCCCUACCGCCUUCCUUGCCUCCAGCUCCACCUCCUCUACCACUAAGUUCGGCGCCAAAAGCACCUCCAGCUCGAUUUACACCUCCCCCACCGCCACCCAGUGCACCACCACCACCAGCGUCCGCUCCAACAAACGGCCACGCCCCUUCACUAGCAGAACAAGCAGCCCGGAACGCUUUCGGCCGAGCCUCUCCAGCUGCCCCUCCUCCACCACCUCCCGCCUCUCCUCCAGUUUCGAGAUCUGACGACGAAUACGACCCGUAUCGCUACACCGCUCCAUCACCACCUCCACCCUCCAAAGCUCCCGCUCCACCCUCAGCACCACCACCUCCACCCUCCGCCGCAUCAUCACGAGCCUCCUCAUUUGUACCGCCGCCUCCAUCGUCUGCACCUCCGCCUCCCUCGUCUGCACCACCGCCUCCAUCGUCUGCGCCCUCACGACCACCCAUGUCACAAGCGCCCGUACGCUCUAUGCUAGAUCCUAGUUCUUAUACCCUGUCAAACGGAGGAGGCGGAGGGCACUCAGGCCGUAGUUCUGGACAUACGAGUCCAGGACACGGAGGUAGAGGGGGAGGGCGGGUGGUCCCGAUUCAUGAUCUGCGAUGGAAGUUCCAGGAUGACAGCCAGUUGCCGAUUCCAAGGCCAUUUACGGGGGGAAGUAAGAGGUAUAGGGCCGGUAGGGGGAGUAGUGUGCCGCUAGAUCUGGGGGCUUAUGAUUAG